CUAAAAACUUCCCUUACAACUGUAGAUGCCAGCACAUUUUUGUCUUUCAAGCUCUCUCUCCCUUUCACUCCAUCUGUCUGUGUUAGAUAACACACUAAAGAACCAUCUGGGAGUAUCAAACCAUAAUUUUUCUCUGUUAGAAGAUCUAUUUGUUGUCUACAUUGAAGACUAUUGAUUAAAGUGUCAAAAAGGAGUUAAUCUCCUCCCCCUCCCCCACACAGGUGAGCUCUGAACAUGUACGCACACAAGCUGAACAGUUUCACUAAGGUAACACGGAAACAAACGAAUGAAUGAAGACCUCUGGACACUACAUAGCUACACUUUUAGAGACUUUGACUUUUACAAGGUUUCUCUUCUUCUCACAGUGAGCUUGACCUCACUGACAGCGUUCUUUGGAGAAUUGUCAAGUGUUCUAGGAGCCUAAAAUGGAGGUACAGAAAAUGUCAAACGGUCACCAUGAUCUCAGCCGUGACAAAAGUACGGAGAGCGGAUUUGAUGGCCUUGAAAACAUAAAAGAGGGUGAUAUGUUCCUCCACGACAAGAGCAAUGGACAGAUUCAAACUCAGUUUACAGAUUUCGUAGGAAAGACUUCUUUCGGAAUGUCAAUUUUCAACCUCAGUAACGCUAUUAUGGGCAGUGGAAUUCUGGGACUGGCUUACGCCAUGGCCAACACCGGAAUCAUCCUUUUUGUAAUCCUGUUGAUAUCCAUCGCUGUUCUCUCUUCCUACUCCAUCCACCUGCUUCUGAGGAGUGCUGAAGUAGUUGGGAUCCGUGCAUAUGAACAGCUCGGGAACCGUGCAUUUGGUACACCUGGGAAAAUCUUAGCAGCGUGUGUUAUAACAGUGCACAACAUUGGAGCAAUGUCCUCUUACCUGUUCAUUGUGAAGAUAGAGUUACCUCGUAUUAUUGAGGGUCUUUUUGAACUGCCAGAUGACUACCCUGCAUGGUUCGUUGAUGGAAGGUAUCUCAUCAUUAUCGUUAGUGUCGGAGUCAUUCUUCCCCUGGCAUUUAUGAAACGAAUAGGGUAUCUUGGCUACACCAGUGGCUUCUCCCUCAGCUGCAUGGUCUUCUUUCUCAUAUCUGUCAUCUAUAAGAAGUUUGUCACAGGGUGUCCUGUUGAACACAGCUCUAAUGGCACUUUUCUCAAUGAAAGCAUAUACAACUCCAGCGCUGACAGAUGUGAAGCUAAACUUAUAACUGCCAACCCACAGACUGCUUUUACCAUUCCCAUUAUGGCGUUUGCUUUUGUGUGUCACCCUGAAGUGUUGCCAAUUUACACAGAACUCAAAAAUCCAAGCAAGAAACGCAUGCAAAACGUUGCUAAUAUCUCUAUUUUGGCCAUGUUCGUCAUGUACCUGUUGACUGCCAUCUUUGGCUAUCUCACCUUCUACGCAAAUGUGCAGUCAGAGCUUCUGGAGAUGUACAGUAAAAAAGACACUCUGAUGCUGUGUGUUCGGCUGGCCGUGCUGGUGGCAGUGACACUGACCGUUCCCGUGGUCCUUUUCCCGAUCCGCCGUGCCGUCCAGCAGCUUCUGUUCGCCAAUGAGCCUUUCAGCUGGAUGCGUCACAUCUUAAUCGCCGUGUGCCUCCUUUUUGCCGUCAAUCUGCUCGUUGUCUUCGUGCCCAACAUUCGUGACAUCUUCGGCUUCGUUGGUGCCACAUCUGCUCCCAGCUUAAUUUUCAUUCUGCCUGGAAUAUUCUACAUUUACAUCGUCCCCAACGAACAGGAGCCAUUGAAAUCUCGGCCAAAGAUCCAGGCGAUGGUGUUUGUGACACUGGGUUUCAUCUUCAUGUUUAUGAGUAUUACGUUCAUCAUAGUAGAGUGGGUCACUGGAAAGAAGUCGAUGGGUGCCCACUGACAGAGCUGAGAGAAAAACAGGAUUCCAGAACCUAAAGACCAAACACAGAAAACACAGUGCUGAACCUGCAACCUCUGACCCAGGUUCAGUUUCAUUUAGCUUGAUAAAUAUCAAAUUAGAUAACUGCUUAAUUUCAAUAAGUCCAAAACAAAAUGGCUUUCAAGGAGGCCAAUUACCAAAAUCCAAGAAGAAGAGGAAAAAAAGGCUUGGUAACAGAUGUCCUUGACACGAUAUGGCAAUAUGAUGCUCUAAUAACAUUUUAAUUGAAAGUCUUUUUUACAGGCAAAGGUAUUGCUGUUAUGAUUGACAAAUGGAACUUCUUAAAUUACACGAAAUGGAUGGAAAAACUGUGAAACUAUGAUGAGAAUUCACUCAUCUUUACUGCCAAAGUUGUAAACAUGCAGUUUGAAGUCUACCUCCUACUAAACAGAGCAAUUUUCCAGUGACAGAGAAAGUUUGUUUAUUAUUUUGUUCAGUGCAUAUUUUGGGGUCCUUUCAGUAGUGAAAGUGUUUGUUUCUUUUAUUACAUAUUAUGUUAUCAGCAUAACAUUUUAACUGAAAAAUCUGAUGAUCCUAAAUCUAUCUUAAAAGUCCACUAUGUAACUUUUGGCCAUCUAGCAGUUAAAAAACAAAACUGCAAGCAUUUUGUGGAAGAACAUUGUAUUGGUUGUUCUCAUAAAGCAUUCACUACUAAGCUUAAGAGAUAUAACCAGUUUAGAUGGAAAGGAUCUCAAGCUGACUAACUGAAGACGUUACUGGAGCUACACCCAUUAAUAGACACCGUACUUCCUUGAAGAUAAAUUCCAGCACAGCGUUACAACAGUCAUAAUGGAUUGUGCUUUACAAUGAACUCUGUGGCAAUUUAUCUGUUCAAUAAAAUACUUUUCUCACCUGUUCAGUAAUAAAAAGACCAUCGCCACAUCGCUUUUAUAACAUUUCAAAUGCCUCAGUUCCCGCCAUCUCCAAAAAGCCAAGACAAUGUUGAUUCUUGUUUUAUUACGAGCUGUAUCACGUUCUCUUUUUGCCAGCAGACUCUCCUCCAUUGGGCAUUUUUUUAAACGUGUGAUUCCCUGGAGAUUCGAGAUUUAGUGUGUUCCAUGUUAACCUUUCUUGAUCACUUUAAGAACUAACCGAUGCCACUCCCACACCAUACGUGCAUUAAAAGAAGCCUGCGCAACUUUUCUCUAUUACGGAUAUGACGAGACACACACGGGCGAGUGACAUAUGUAUGCAAUUUCCCACGAAAACCAUUCUGUCAGGUCUAAAAUAUAAACACUUAUAAAAGCGUAACAGUGAAUCAGGGUAAGACAAGAUGUAUUGACUCAUUAUUUCAAUUUUGUUAAUUUUGAACAAAAAAGUUACAUAGUGUACCUAUAAGGUUAUCAUAAUCAUUAUUAUGAUAUUUUUUUUUCUUUUAUUUAUUUAUUUUAAUUUCCAGUUUUGAUUUUGAAUCCCAGAUAUUCAAUUUGGUCUCAGACCUUUGGAACCCAUUGUAUGUGAAUCUCAGUUAACUUUAUUUGUGAUGAAUGAUAGAGAGUCAGCUUGUAACAUUAUUUAAAUAGGAAAAGCGUACAGUUUUGUGAUGAAUUUCAGCAUUGACGAAGAAUCAAUACUUGAAUGUUAGAGGAAGAUCCUUAAGUAAAUGUAUCAUGUGUAUUGGUACAUUUUGUCUUGUUACACCCAUCAAACCAUCUACAGUACAAGAUGUCUUACAGUAUACCAACAGUGUUAUAAGACAACAUUUCUUUUCUCUGUUAUAGAGAGGUGAAGGAAUACUAAUUAUUUUGUAGUAUUCAAGAAACACAGAACACCGUUUUGUCAUUUUUCAUGUUGUGUGUCAUUUUGCUUGUUGUAUAAUCGAAAACAAAAUCUUGAAAACGAGCAUACUUUUAACAAACUUGAUUUCUGUGUGGGUUACAUGGAGACAUGUUGUUACAGUGACAAAAAAUCCACUCCAGAAAUGGACCGAACAUUGAUAAAUGCUGUUUAUCACUUCAUAUGACAAGUCACUACAGAAUAACAGAGCAUUGAUGGGGCUGUAACAGCAUUCAUUAUCCAGAAGAAUACUGAAAUGUUUCUGUGAUCAAACUAUAACACGCCCAUCUCUCCAUCUGUGAGUUUAUAUGGACCAGAACCAAAAUUGUUUCAUUUUGGACAUCACAAUCAUUAAUGUCAAUGUGUGCUUGUUUUGUAUAGUUUUAUGUACAUAUAAUGUGUGAUAUGUUGAAAUGGAAGAAACUUUAUAUUAGUUAUUUUACAUCUGUGUACAUAUUCUACAGUCCUUUUUUAUGCUCAGACUGGACUUGAAUGCCGAGAUAAAAUGAAACAUGUAAUACACAAGGAAUCAAAAAAUAGUGGGAAGCUAAAAAUAUUUAACUUAAAUUUGAUUAAUUCACAUUUUCUCAUGAUUUUUUUUUUUUCAAAGUGCCUGACAACAAAUGAAAUGGAAACAAUGUAACGUUCCACAGUUAAUGUUCAGAAGUACAUGUAUUUAUUGUAACACAUUGCUCUCAGGCUAUCUUGAAUAAAGUCAAAUGAUUGUUAAAUGUUUAAAA